CACUUACAGAGAGCAGGAGACAGAAAAGCAACCAGGCAGAGAGAAGGAGAGACGGAGCUGGCGGAGUGGUGGCCUUGCAUAACACUUGCUGGAGCAGCCUUUCACGCUGGUCUUGGUGGGGUCUGCAGCACUGACGAACUUCCUUUUACCAACAGCCCUUGUUGCAAGAGGCGCAACAGCCCAUAAGCCAAAAUUUAGAGAUCUCCACCAGAGAGCUGCACAAAGGACAGAAUCAGGAAGAAGAAUCCUAGGAGACGUAGACGCAGACUGACACUGACUGGAAGAAUCCUUGGACAUGAUCUGCAGGCAGUGGCUGUGGACAGACUGAUUUUUUUUCGAGACCGUGGAAGAGGCAGAUUGAUCAAAGAUGAUUCCUCAUGAAGUUUGCGGAACACAUUUUCAGAACUGGAGGGACUUCAUCUUCUUUGGUGUGGCAGCUGAAGUUGUCCAUUUGUAACAACAUAAAGAGUCAGAGCCACAGAGAACUCUUGGAAGCCCCAGAAAAAUACCACUGAGAAAAUAUUCUCAUAGGGAAAGACCUUAGUACAUAGGAACAUUAAGACUUGUUGGGCACAAUGAAAGCCAAUCAAGAGCGGAGUAAUGGAUGUCUGCCUCCCAAGAAACGUGAGAUCCUGGCAAUGGAGCAGAGGCCAGUAGUAGUAGCCGCUGCUACUCCUCCUGCUGUGGUGCCGACUGAUAGUACCCACACAGAAAACUUAGCAUGGCUUGCAAGUGUGGCCAGUGAACGCUGCAAGUCCAGAGAAACAGAAAGUCCAAGAUGUCCUGUUCCCUCAACUUCUUCUUCUUCUCCUACCACGUCUAUCCCCUCCCCAGCAACUCCCAUUUCGGCUGUGCCCCUGGCCUCUCUGCCAGCAGUUUAUCCAGCUACCCUUCCCCAACAGCCUGGGACAAUCCAGUUUGCUCAGCUGGGACCAAACGUGCAAUUCAUCAGCUCUGGGCCCUAUGCUGGCUAUAUUUCCUCCCAUAUCAUUCCAGCUAAUGCUAGUUCUGCCCCUAACAGCUCUGCAUUAGUAGGACAGCGCACCCAGAUAGAUGGCUACACCACUGCCCUAAUAUCUCCCAACACCAAAGGAGAACAGCAGUUUCAAAUUGGACUCUCUCCUACAGAAUUGGCUCCAGUUACACUUCCAGGUUCCCCCCAAGUAACUAAUCAGUACAUCCAUCUGGACAGCAGAGCACCAUUGACUGUAAGCGGAAAUGCUGUAGCAUCAUCUACAGGUCACCUUCAGCUACACCCUCAUGCAGCUGUCCUCCCACCAACUCUUACACUUGCCCCAUCGCAGCUUCUGGUUCAGUAUGCAGAUGGUUCAGCUUCAAAGAAACCAGAAGGCCAUGUUAAGGGUGUACUGAAUGGAGAAGUGGAAGUAGUCAAACAAGCCAAAGUUUCAGGAGCCAACCAUCAGCCCAUACAGAGCUAUGAGGCCAGGCAUAUCCUCCUACCUGCUGACUAUGGCCAAAACCCUACAGGUUUGCAGACCUCCUUGGUGCUUGUUGCCCAGCCAAACCAUGGAGUGGAACAUGAAGCUGGCUCAAAUAAAAUUUCCUUGGUCCAAACAGAGAAAGGAAGCAUCUGUUUUGGGAAGCCUGUAUCCAGGGCCUCUUCUUUCACUUCACUUUCUUCCUCAGAGGUGGUCAAGUCUGUUGCUCCUCAUGCUGUCAUUCAGACCAGUCUGCCUGCCGAGGAACUGCCAGCCAGUCUCUACUCGUCCACCCAGCCUCCUAUCAUUGGCUACAUUACCAGUGCAAACCAGCACACUGUUAGCUACCAUGCAGCACUGCCUCAGCACCUGGUCAUCCCAAGUGGCCAGUCCCUCCUCAUACCAGUCAGCAGUGCCAACAAUGGCACAGAAAUAGAGGUCAAUCGCACUGUCAGUGCUCUUACUGCCACUACUACCCCUCAAAUAUCCACCGCCAUGCCACAUGCCUACUUGGCAACAGCUUUGUCCAAAUGUGAAGCUCUUGGCCCAGACGUAAAUCAACCCCCUACUGUCAAACCACAGGCCACAGCCUUACCAUCACUGCCCACAAACCCAGUCGCCACAGUGGUUGCAGCUCCUUCCCAAACUCCCACUUCUGUUCCCACUCCUUCCCCGGCUUCCAUCCAAGCCUCCCCCUCCAUCUCUUCCCCAUCUUCUCCCGUGGCUCUUCCACCAUUCUUUAUGCGAGGAUCUAUCAUCCAGCUAGCUGAUGGGGAAUUAAAGCGUGUAGAGGACCUCAAGACAGAAGACUUUAUUCAGAGCGCUGAGAUCAGCAGUGAACUAAAGAUAGACUCCAGCACUGUGGAGCGCAUAGACAGUGGUCAAAGUCCCAAUGCAGUGCUCAUUCAGUUUUCAGUAGGGGAGCUCAAAGCCCAGGUGUGUGUCGAGGUGCUGGUGGAGUAUCCGUUCUUUGUUUUCGGCCAGGGCUGGUCAUCUUGCUGUCCUGACAGAACCACACAACUGUUUGAGUUGUCAUGUGCCAAGCUUUGCGUCGGUGACGUCUGUGUGUCAUUGACCCUACGCAGUUUAAGGAAUGGCUCCCUGACAGACUGUCAGGCUUUGGGAACCAAGCUGAAGAUGGGUUCACUCUCUGACCCACCCCACUGCAUUGAUCCCAAUAUGACAGACACUAUAAAUCCCAACCCUCCGGGCAGUAAUGGUACUCUCCUCAUGAAGGCUUCCACUGCCAACAGGGUGGAGAGACUGAACAUUUCUGGAUCUGGAGAUGGAGAAACUAUUCGGCUGGUACCAUCUCCAGAAAGGGUGGAGGGGAUGUACAAAGGUGCAUCAGUGGUGGCAGGUUCUGGGAGGAGAGAAAUAAGACAAGAUUCAAUAAAAACAGACAUAUCCGCACUCUCUAAACCACAGUGCAAUGAUCCAGAGAGACCUUUUGUUCGCAAGAGACGCUGGUCGGCUCCGGAGCGAGACCAGACUGAGAAAGCUGAAGAGGAACCUCCUGUGACUCUGCCUAAGCCCUCUUUUUUACCACAUGAGGUGAAAAUCAGCAUAGAGGGCCACUCGAGUGCUGGGAGUGAAAGAUGUUUGAAGAAAAGAGUUGACUGUUAGGAGAACUUUGAAGUACCCGUUAUUUGCUUUGUGUCCAGCCUCUCUUUUUUCACUCAAUCCUGACUACUGUAAUAUAGAGUUUUUUACAGGAUUUACAUGUUUUCUUUCAAACAAGGAAGAAGUAAAGUAGAGCACCUUGAUGUGGUAAGACGCAAGAUGAGUGCAAUUUCUGCUGAAAGCAACAAUGAAUGCAAAUGAAAUGUUGAUCAUGAACGGGGAACGUCUGUUGUAGGACGGAAUAAUGCGGGACCGAAAUGAGUUUUCUUACAAAAUAAUAAAGCACAGGACGUUGUGUUUAAAGGGGUGUGUUGAGGCAUAAGUGGAAGGUCGAGUAAGAGAUGUUUGGUGUUUUAAUGACAAUGGUUUUUGUCUCAGUCUGAAUCGAGAUUUGUAUUUUCAUCUAUAAUUUUCACACCAUCAUGAUAGCGGGUGGCCUUAUUCCUCUAUAUGAUUGUGUGUUUGCCUGUUCACAUGUAUGCUUGUUUUGUUCUUGCUGUCAAAUGGAGCACAGGAUGUGAGAUGAUACUGUUAGCUGCAAAAUUGUUCAAGUUGUGAAAUUCAUGACUAAGAAGGCUUGAAUGUAAUCCCCUAAAUAGUGACUCACCAAGUCAUGCAUGUGCUGUUUGUUACAACCCGAUUUGUAAAAUGAGAAUAUCGCUCUGAGUGUGAUGCAAUACUAUCGCAACAGGCUGGUUUUAACAGUUAUGUGUAGAUACAUCACUACAGUAUUUCCACUAAAUACCAAUAAAUGAGUUCAGUUACAGCUAUAUGAACAUUUUACAGGGAUAUGAAAUAUGGCUUACUAACUUGACUAAAUGUUUCCUGAGCACAUACAACUGCUUACAAUGGGCUAUUCUGCAGUCCAAUGCAUCUCUACCAGUGUGUUUAUGUUUUGAUACAACUAAAUAAAUUAAAACUAUAAAAAAGUAGACUAAAGCAGCCCUGAAGUACAAUAUAUUGUGGGGUCUGGUUUCUUCACACCGCUCCUAUGGCAUUAUGUUUAUUAUCAUGGAUAGAUGAACUGUUUGAAAGUAAUGUCCCAUGACUCUUAACCAUUAUAGAACAACUUUAUGUUGCACUGGAGAGCCUUAGCUCAGCAUUCAUAUAAUUCAGCUCACUUUUAUUAUAAUAGUCUAGGGCAAUUUGUAUCAUAAAAAAAUGGCUGAUGUUAUAAAAUAACCUAAGAACAACCAUUUUGACCUUGAAGAAAUAAUGGAACAGUCAUAUCCCUACUUAAACACUUGAAAUAAUAACAUCAAGCCAUCUUUGGCUUUAAAACUGUGGAAAAUUUAAUCAAUACUGACCACCAAUCUUUGUUAUAGUUGAGCAGGGAUUUAGCACUUUAAAUAAAUAGAAAUUUUACACCUUAUAAAUAAAACACCUGCAAAUAUAGCAUAUUCUAUAGAUACCUGUUCUGAAAAAAAAUUGUAUUUGAAAAAAGGUCUUGCUUGUGUCUUUGCCUCCUGUUUACAUAAACCAGGAUUAUACUGCAGCCCAUAUGCCUCAGAAGUCAGAACUCAAAUCUGGUAAUAAAGGUGUACUAAGCAUAACCAUGUUCCAAUUUUAGAUAUUUCUGUGAUUAGCUAGUUUUUAUAACUUUGUUUUUGUUUUGUUUUUUGAAAAGAAGCUAGAAAAAAAUCUGACUGCUGCCUACAAAAUAAAAUAAAGCAUUAAUAUUGCAAAGCGCUGCAGAAUUUUAGUAAAGGUAGGUGUAAAACUGGCAAAAGUCGUUGCUGCAAAAAUAAGGCAAUCAGUGGGUCAGAAAUCGGGCAACAAAAAAUAAGCCUUUAAACAAGCUGAUAUUUUGCUAGUUGGGUUUGCAACCGGAUGGACCACAAGUCUAAAACAAUUUGACAGCAUUUAAUGUGUUAUUCAUUUAGUCACAGUGGCAAACUUUUUAAUAGCAGAGGUUAGUAUAAGUUAUAUUAGAUCAAGUUAGCAAAUAAUAUGAGCAGUGCAAAAAAUUGCA